AUGUCGCCGAAGGAAGAUACUCACCACCUGCACAAAGUUGGCGGUUGGAUGCCACCCAACCACGAGGACCACCGAAAAUGGCUCGGAGGUGUGAUCGACCACGUUGAUAAAAAUGAGCAGAAGCUCCAACCAGUCCUUCAAGAAUUUCAACAAUUGAUCGAAACCAACACUCGAGUCUACAUGCUCAUCACUGGCAUGUUCAAAGAGAUCCCCCACAAGAAGCCAUACAGCAGCGAUCCGACCGGCACACCCCAGAUUCGCGACUACAAGCACUUCCUGCAAGUGAUCAAUCACCUCCUUACCACAGCUCCAUCUUGGAUCGAUAAGGCUCAUCGAGUUGGCUUGGUCGGCCUCCCCAUCAAUGCUGUGCUUGACUGGGCCAUGGGCACACCUAGCGGCUAUGCUGCCUUCCUGGACCCUGAGAUCAAUGCUAUGUUGAAGAAGGUGCUAAACGCAUGGGGAGAAUUCCUCCAAUCCCCGCCUUCCGCGGAAGUCCUGAACGACACUGCCCACGGUUGGUUUGGUGAGACUGGACAUCGCGACCUCACCCUCGUCGCACGAGUUGGUCCCACGGCUGCCGAGAAUUUGCGUUUCCAGGACAUGUUCCAAUGCGACCCUUCCGCACCCCAUUUCGGCUUCAAGUCUUGGGACGAUUUCUUCACCCGAAAGUUCGCCGAGGGAAUGCGACCGGUCGCAGAGCCCGAUAAUGGCAAGGUGAUUGCAAAUGCCUGCGAGUCAAAGCCGUACCGUGUUGCUCACAAUGUGCAUGCCCGUGAUACCUUUUGGAUCAAGUCUCAGCCCUACUCUGUUCUGGAUAUGCUGCACUUUGACGACUUGGCUGAGCAAUUUGUCGGCGGCACCAUCUACCAGGCUUUCUUGAGCGCCCUGAGCUACCACCGCUGGCACGCCCCCGUCAGUGGCAAGGUUGUCAAGGCGUAUGUUGUUGAUGGCACAUACUACUCCGAGCCUUUGUUUGAGGGUGUCGGCAAUCCGCAGUCGAAGGCCGCCACCAUCAAGAUGGAAGGCCAGACCAUUUCUCAGUCCUACAUUACUUCGACCGCGACUCGCGCUUUGAUCUUCAUCGAGGCUGACGAGCCAUCAAUUGGAUUGAUGGCCUUUAUUGGAGUCGGUAUGGCGGAAGUGUCCACCUGCGACAUCACCGUUAAGGAGGGAGACCGUCUGAAGAAGGGUGAUGAGAUUGGCAUGUUCCACUUUGGUGGUUCCACUCACUGCUUGCUCUUCCGAAAGGGCGUCAACGUCUCGGGCUUCCCGGAGCCGGGAAUGGAGGAGAAUAUGCCGGUGCGCAGCCAUUUGGCUACCGCAUCAUGA